UACUACCACAGUACCAGCAGUCAUACAUGUACAUGGCAGUACCAAUGAAUGGCCGCUGAUGAUAUCUGGCUUUCAUCAUGAUUACUGUGUCACGCUGGUCAACUUCAAGAUCAUGAAUGAACAUGCUGAAGUCCGCUGAAGUCUGUGUACCCCACUUCUGGGGGUAAAGUCUGACAAUACAUGUAUUGUACACAUUGUGUACUCAAGCCAUGCAAUACCUCUUCAAGUGUCUGUGUUUCCUGGCUCUCUGCAUAGACUUUGAAUGAACAACACACAAGGCAGCUCUGAGGCUGAGUGUUGGCAUAAACUUUCUUAAAAUCCUUGCCUUUUUCUGUCAUCAGGAAGGGAAUGUUUAGCUUGAUGGCCAACUGUUUCCAGUGGAUGAAAAAGAAACGGGAGCCGUUCAAGAAAGUGACCCUGGCUCUCAUAGGUCUUGACAAUGCUGGCAAAACGACAGCAAUAUUAGGCAUUCAGGGAGAAUCGCAAGAGGGCGUGGCUCCUACUGUGGGGUUCUCCAAUGUCCAGUUCAAGUUUGAGAGGUUUGACGUCACCGUCUUUGACCUCGGCGGCGGCAGGAAGAUCCGCCCCAUCUGGAAGAACUACUACGCUGAGAUCCAUGGCUUGGUGUUUGUAAUCGACGCCAGCGACGAGGCUAGAUUACGGGAAUGCCAGGAGGUUCUGCAGGAGGUCCUGAAACAGGAGAGGGUUGCCGGGAAACGCAUCCUGGUUCUCGCCAACAAGCAGGACAAAGAGGGCGCUCUUGAUGAGAUAGACAUCUGUGAUCAGCUCAACCUUGAAGACAUGGUCAACGACAGUAAAUGCCCCUGCCGUGUGGAGACGUGUUCGGCCACGCAGGGCAUCGGCAAGAAGAUGGACAAGUCAGUGACGAUCGGCCUUCAGUGGUUGCUCCACGGUAUACUGCGGGACUGGCCCACUCUGAGCGCACGUGUUGCCAGGGAGAUGGACGAGCAGAAGGAGGCAGACGCCAUCGAGAGGAAGGCCAAGCUGGAACGGAUACGAAAAAGACGAGAAGAGAGAGAACGUAAGGAGGAGGAGGAAAGAAAACGCCUUGGAGUGGAAGCCCCACCCGAAGACGACGAAGAUGUCAUCAUGGGCGACCCCUUCAAGCCGGUCAACAAGGAGUACUUGGAUGAAAAGGCAGAGAAAUCCAAAAAACUUAAAGCUAAAGAGAAGAAAAGGAGACAGGAGUUGGAGAGGCUGGCGAAGGAAGAGGAGAUCGCCAAAACCAAAGACUCGGCAGAAACUCAACAGCUCCCCAACACGGGCCAUUCAGAUGUGGAACCCGAUAUCUCCCAGAAGGCAACUGACCAGUCACAAAACCUGGACCAGAGUGAGGAGGCAGGGAUGCGGCUUGGCGGCGAGCAGAACGAUGACAAUGAGGAGACAAGGGAGGGGCAGAGCAAGAAGGAAUCAGAGGAGGUGGUACAGGCCGCAUCGACAGGGCAGGAUGAAGCCGAUAUUGUCUCCCCUCAAGAGGUCCCAGAAAAGAAGAAGAAGAAGAAAAAGAAAAAAUUAAAGAAGACCAACAAGUUGGCCCCUUUGGCCCUGGACGGACCCCUUGAGGGACCAAGAGGCCCCCUGACGGUCCCCUCGUGGGCCUCAACCAUGAACCAACCGCCUCUCUCACGGCCCCUUCACCAGCCCACACUGGAUCCCCUCCCUGAGAAGGUCAGCCCCAGGCUGAGCCCGCUGGACAUCAAGUCGUCAUUGAAUGGUGACAAGUUAGUGGGUUUUCCGUCGAGAAGGAACCAGCCAAAUCUUGAGCAGGAUGACGACGUGAUGAUGUGAUUCGAGCAAUGAUAAUUCUGGAGCUUAAAGUCAUUGAGGGCAUACCUGUAUGAAUAGCCUCUUGUUGCCGUGGAAUGGUUGCUAGAAAACUGCCUUAAAUGUCACUGUGGGGUCAAAUUACUGUAUUCAGGCUUACUUUCAGAACAACUGAUGUUGUGGGCCCUUUUUGUACUUAUUUGAGUCACAGCAAAGUCCAUUAUGUCUUUUUUGCGAGAUCAACAUUUCCAACCAAAGACUUCAUUUGAUGUCACAAUACAAAAGGCAUGUUUCUGAACAACUUUUGGGGGAACCAGCUAAGGUUUUAUUCAGUACUUACCACGUUUGGCUGGUAUUUGGCCAGCAUUGAGUUGUAUCAAGUUGGUCAUUGGGAGAUUUGUUUUAUUUUUGGGAAGCCUUUACAAUCCUGAACAAAAAAUGUUGCCAAAAUGCUCAAAUUUGUCAAUAUCUGGAAACCCUGAGUCAGUCUAUUCACAUAACACCGUUGAGAUUUCUUUCCAAGGUUCAUGAUGCAGAUGAUUAGUUCUGAAACACGGACGGCAAUGCCACACUGAAACUUGGAAGGUUAGCAUUUCCACAAGAGGGGUCCCGUCUUUGAAAAUGAGGGAAAUGCCAAGUUUGCAUUAUUUGUUUGUUAAAUUAUUCAAAACAAAUGCAUUCAAACUUUCGUCACUUUUUACUCACCGGCUUGAGAUUGGAAGGAACACUCGUUACACCUAAGACAGUUUUACCCAAUCCUAUCGGUCAAAAGCCCAUGACUUGGCCGGUGUGAGGCUGUACGCCACCUCACGCAGUACGUGCCCUGCACGCGCCGGUCUCCAUGUCGUAAAGAACUUGUUUACAACUACUCACGAGAGGAGCAUGCCGUAAUGUGGCCAAAAAAAAAAGAAAUAAUAUUGUUGGAAAAUAUUGAUCGGAAUUCAUAAUUUUUAAAACUUGGUUUGACGUUGUGACGUCAAAGAUAUUUAUGAAUGGGAAUAAAUCUGUGCACUGAUUAUGCCCCCCGUCUUCGACUUGUGCAUUACCAGUGUCCCUUUUCCUGACGUGGUCUUAAACGGCCAAGCACAUAUUUAAUAGUGGUUGUUACAACCCAUUUCUUUGCCCGUCCAAAGAUAAAUUAAUCAGUGCCACUCCUGCCAUGGGAUGAUGCCUUUUAUGUUGGUUUAUCCCUUAGGAUGUUUUUCACUCAUCUAAUUAAACAUUCCAUAUUCAUUGUUGUAUUGAGUACUUUUUAAGUACCAAGGUGCUCUGCCAGACAUGGAACUGGGUAAGAGGGAAUAAAGCCGGAGUGCACAGGUUAUUUGAUGGUAAAUGUGCAAAGGUAAGAUUACUGCAUAC